UGGCGCGCCGUUCUCUCGCGCUGCCCGGCCCGCGGCCGUCAUGGGGUGCGAGCGCGGCGCCGCCCUGCUGCUGCUGCCCCUUGCCCUGCAGCUCUGCCCGGGCCGUGCCGCGCCGCCCGCGCCUCGAGUUAUUGAUCUUCUUUCAUAUGCCAACAAGAGAGAGGUAACAAGCUUCCUGCAACAAGCACUUGGGGAUUCUACGCUGAAUGAAGUGUUCUUGCUUUCAGCAUUCGAACUGCAGCCAAAGAGCACAGCCACCGUAUUUGGCCUAUAUUCACCAGCUGAUGACAAGCAGUAUUUUGAGUUUACAGUAAUGGGACGGAUGAAUAAAGUGGUGCUUCGCUAUCUGAAGAAUGAUGGGAGGUUGAACUCAGUGAUUUUUAGCAACGUACACCUGGCUGAUGGGAAACCCCAUGCUGUCAUCUUAUGGCUGAGUGGCCUGCAGAAGGAAUUCUGUACAAUAGAGUUGUAUCUGGACUGUCUGCAAGUAGGUGUCAUUCAGGACCUGCCAAAACCAUUUUCAUCUCUAUUGGAGAGAUCAGCAGCAGUAGAGUUACGCACCUUCCUGAAGAAACCAGAGGAUACACUGGAUGAGCUGAAGCUGGUAACUGGAGGAACACUUGCCCAGGCAAGAAACCUGCAAGACUGUUUUCUUCAACAGGUUGAAUCUGCUCCUCAGUACACUGGUGAUUUUAAUAGGCAGCUGAUGAAUCAGAUGGUGCAAAUGAACCAGAUACUGGGAGAGGUGAAAGACCUUCUCAAACAACAGGUCAAGGAAACAACUUUUUUGAGAAAUACCAUAGCUGAGUGCCAAGCAUGUGGUUUGGGAAUGGUGAAUUUUCCAACUCCGAUUCCUAGGCAUAGCAAACCCAAGUGUGAAACAAGUUCCUGCUUCAGGGGAGUCAGGUGCAUGGAGACAGCUGAAGGAAUUCAGUGCGGCCCGUGCCCUGACGGAUUCACAGGGAAUGGAGUGACAUGCUCUGAUAUUGAUGAGUGUCAUUACAGCCCCUGCUUCCCUGGAGUGCGUUGUGUGAAUACAGCUCCAGGUUUCCGUUGUGAGACUUGUCCCCCAGGAUAUACAGGACAAACGUUGCAAGGAGUAGGACUGAGCUAUGCCAAGAACAACAAGCAGGUCUGCUUAGAUAUUGAUGAAUGUCAGAAUGGUGGGCACGGAAUCUGUGUUCCAAAUUCUCAUUGUAUAAACACUUUGGGCUCUUAUCGCUGUGGCCAGUGCAAAUCAGGAUAUACAGGCGACCAAAUCAGGGGGUGCCAGGCUGAGAGAAGCUGCAGAAGUCGAGCCCUCAAUCCAUGCAGUGUCCAUGCCCGGUGUAUUGAGGAAAGGCGAGGAGAGGUGACAUGUAUUUGUGGCAUUGGCUGGGCUGGUGAUGGUUAUAUUUGUGGAAAAGAUGUUGACAUUGAUGGCUACCCUAAUGAAGAGCUCUCUUGCCCUGCUGAAAGCUGCAGAAAGGACAAUUGUAAGUUUGUACCAAACUCUGGACAAGAAGAUGCUGAUGAUGAUGGGAUUGGAGAUGCCUGUGAUGAAGAUGCAGAUGGAGAUGGCAUUCCCAAUGAGCAGGAUAACUGUGUCUUGACUCCCAAUGUUAACCAGAGAAACAGUGAUGAAGAUAUCUUUGGAGAUGCCUGUGACAACUGCCGCAGUGUCCUAAAUAAUGACCAGAAGGACACAGAUGGUGAUGGGAAAGGAGAUGCUUGUGAUGAUGACAUGGAUGGAGAUGGUAUUAAGAACCUUUUAGAUAAUUGUCAGAGGAUCCCCAACCAAGACCAGGAGGACAAGGAUAACGAUGGUGUUGGUGAUGCCUGUGACAGCUGUCCUACAGUCAGCAAUCCAAAUCAGUCAGAUGUUGACAAUGACCUGGUUGGAGAUUCUUGUGAUACCAAUCAGGACAGCGAUGGCGAUGGGCACCAGGAUAGCACAGACAACUGCCCCACCAUUAUCAACAGCUCCCAGCUGGACACAGAUAAGGACGGGCUGGGUGAUGAGUGUGAUGAGGAUGAUGAUAAUGAUGGCAUUCCAGAUCUCUUGCCACCAGGCCCUGACAACUGUAGGCUAGUCCCCAACCCAGGGCAAGAAGAUGACAAUGGUGAUGGAGUUGGGGAUGUGUGUGAGUCUGAUUUUGACCAGGAUACAGUAAUUGAUCGGAUCGAUGUCUGCCCUGAGAACGCGGAGAUCACCCUGACGGACUUCAGGGCCUAUCAGACUGUGGUGCUGGACCCAGAGGGAGAUGCUCAGAUUGACCCCAACUGGGUGGUUCUAAACCAGGGCAUGGAAAUUGUGCAGACUAUGAACAGUGAUCCCGGCCUUGCUGUUGGUUACACUGCUUUUAAUGGUGUUGACUUCGAGGGCACUUUUCAUGUGAACACAGUGACAGAUGACGACUACGCUGGUUUUAUUUUUGGCUAUCAAGACAGCUCUAGCUUUUAUGUGGUAAUGUGGAAACAGACUGAACAGACAUACUGGCAAGCAACUCCCUUCAGAGCUGUUGCAGAGCCUGGCAUUCAGCUGAAGGCUGUGAAAUCAAAGACAGGCCCAGGUGAGCACCUGCGCAACUCCCUCUGGCACACUGGGGACACCAGCGACCAGGUCAGGCUGCUGUGGAAAGACCCUCGAAAUGUGGGAUGGAAAGACAAAGUCUCCUACCGCUGGUUCUUGCAGCACAGACCCCAGAUUGGAUAUAUCAGGGCAAGAUUUUAUGAAGGCUCUGACCUGGUGGCAGACUCUGGUGUAACUAUAGACACUACAAUGCGUGGAGGACGGCUUGGAGUUUUCUGCUUUUCUCAGGAAAACAUUAUCUGGUCCAACCUGAAAUAUCGCUGUAAUGGUAAUGUUUCCUGUUUUUUUUUUGUUGUUGUUUUUGUUUUUUUUUUGCUAAUGUCUAGCAAGUGACCAGAAAGAAUAUUAAUCCAGCUUUUGAAUUAAGCCAUCUUUCAUCUUUUCCUUUGAUUUUCAUUUACAAGUUUUUUACAGCUGUUGAAUGCCUCCCCUGACACCAGAAAGGCACUGCAGCCCAGCCAGAUGAGAACUAACACCCCACAACUGCUCCUCCCAGAGCAGUUGCUGUGCUGCAGAGAUUGUGCUAACUAAGUAGUAUAGCUGUCAUCAAAUUAGAAAUGUUAUUUAAAACCAGCCAACCAUGAGAGUUGUGCAUGCACGACAUACUGAGGUCAUCAUGUAUGCACGGUGCCUCAAGCUUUGAAAACAAGGUGAAGCCAAUCUGGAGAUCUGCUGGGAUCGUAUGUGUACUGCUGAUUGUUCCUGUUGUGCUGCUGAUUGCUCCUGUCUGUGAGAGGACAGGAUCCUAAGAUCCUGGAGUCCUCAGAUUGUGGGUACAUGCUGGCUCUCCACAUAGGGUAAAAUCCUCAGCUCUGACCUGAUCUCUCACCAUAUUGUAUAAAUCCUAUCAUGUUCACUCACACAGAAGCUGGUCAUGUUGGGCUUUUUCUGCCCCACCAGCAGUUGCAGCUUCAGGUGGAAAUACCAGGGGCUGACCCUUGUCUCGGCAUCACCCACUGCCUGACCAAGGCAGCUAUAGUAAAAUAAGUUACCAGCCAGCCUGGCAUAGUUUCUUCACUUUCCAUGGAUCUAGGAAGCCAAAGCUGAGUCUGUGAUGGACACAGAUGCUGUACAGAAAAGCCCCCAGCUCUGCACCUUGGUUCCUGAGCACUUGAGCACAGGCUGGUAUUUGUGAGUGACAGUUAAGCAGAUGCUAACAAUUAAAGAUUACUUGAUAAUUGUGUGAAACAGUAUGUGAUUUCCCAGAAAGCAUACCCCAAAGCUCUCACUGAAGAUACGCUUGCAGGUACUUUUCCUGGCAGUGAGCAGGCAGCGGCUUUGCUGCAGAUACUGCAGUGGUUCAGUGAAGUCCACACAAGGAAUUCUGUGGAGUUUUCAGCAUUCCUUUCAUACUUUAGUUGAUGUCUCAUCAUUUGUGAAGAAAUCUUGACAAUAAUUCUUGGUGCUCAGGAAAGAAGUUAUCAAACCAACAGAUGAAAAAAGCAGAAUACUUGCCACUUUUUGUCCCUAAAUAUUGUUUGUUGAUGAAAUUAUUUCCUUUUCUGAGUUCAGAGAUACCUGCCCUGCAUCAGAGUGGAAAGAAUCAGACCACAGUUGGAAUCAGGUAGUUCAGCUUCACUGCUGAACUCUGCUCAGCUGCUCCUUCAGCUCUCCUGUUUGCUCUGUGGCUGCCUGGGUGACACAUUCUGGCACCUGGCAAAAAGACCCUGCAAACUCAACAUCAGCCACUACAGCUACUCUUACAACACUGACCCAUCUGCAGCUUCCUUUGCCAGCUUUGAAUUUGUUUUUGCUGCUGGUCCUCAGAUUAAUGUUUCCUCUUAUGGCUUUUCAUGCCACCAUGGGGAAGUUGAACUGGGAAAUAGAGGAAUUGGUACUGUGCACAUCCCUGGGUUACAAAGCAAGACACCAAUUUUUUUUCCACCUUUCCGGUCAGCUUUUUACUGUCACAGAUGUAACAGUAGAAGCUACUAAAAUUUUUGGUGAAAAAAAAAAAACCAAAAACAUCUGAAGGGUUAUAGCAGUCCAGUUGAGCUGACACUGUAGCAUGCACUAUCCUGUGAGCCCCUUUGCUUUUCAGUGGCAUCCACUAACACUGAGAGCAGUCCCAGUUCAUUCUUAACAUGUAAACAAAAGACCAGGCUUUAACUAAAGACAUGCAACUAAGUAGCUAAGUUCUUCCUUUUGUCAUAAGGAGACUGAUCUUUCCUGUAUUUUCCUGC